UUUUAAAUACAAAUACGCAUAAACUAAUAAGGAAAAAUUAAAAUUGUAUGGUUAUAACUCUUAAAGUUUUCUGGUCUCAAAAAGUAUUUGCCCUGAUAAAUGGGUCUGAUGAUAUAAGGAUCCAUUUGAAAUUUCCAUAUCCUUUUUAGUAAAGAUAACUGAAUAAGUGGUCCUUAGUGAAUUAUUAUGGAAAUAACAACUACAGGCGGAGAAUAUUAUUGAAGCAUAUGAGUUAAUUUGCUAAAUUGGUCGGUUGCUCUGCAAUUACGAUGUAGUACAGUUUCUUUACAUUUUUAUUGCAUUCUGGUGCUGUGGUGGGACCGAGGUUGCAGAGUGCUUACAAAAUGGCUUAUUUCGAGCUGUUAGAUUAUUUCGUAUUUGCGUUUAUGCUUGUGGUGUCUGCACUUAUUGGAAUAUACUUUGCGUUUUUUGCUGAGAAAAAACAAAACACCCCAUCCGAAUACCUGAUGGGCAGUAAAACAAUGGGUGUCUUUCCAAUAUCAAUGUCACUGAUUGCAAGUUACAUAUCAGGUAUAUCAUUGCUAGGGAUUCCUGCGGAAAUUUACACAUAUGGCACGAUGUAUUGGUUGGUAAUAAUUUCAGAAAUGUUUGUAAGCUUAACGAUGGCAUUCGUUUAUAUACCAGUAUUUUAUAAACUUGAAAUAACAUCUUCUUAUGAGUACUUAAAACUGAGGUUUGGACAAAAUGUCAGAAUCCUUGGCUCAUGUUUAUUCAUUGUCAAAAUGAUGUUAUAUAUUCCUAUUGUCAUUUAUGUCCCUGCAUUGGCCUUUAGUCAAGUUACUGGUGUUAAUUUGCAUAUUAUCACCCCGCUAGUUUGUGUUAUAUGCAUCUUCUAUACAACAUUAGGAGGAUUAAAAGCAGUUGUUUGGACAGACACGGUACAAAUGGGUGUGAUGGUGCUUGGAAUGCUAGCAACAAUUUGGAUAGGAAUUUAUGAAAUUGGUUUUGCAAACAUUAUAAAACGAAAUAGAGACUCACAUAGGAUAGAGUUUGAUAUUUUUGAUUUGGAUCCAACUGUACGUCAUAGUUUUUGGACACUUUCAAUUGGAAAUUAUUUUUACUGGUUAGCAUCCUGCUCUGUGAAUCAAGCGAUGGUACAACGUUGUCUUGCUAUGCCGAGUCAAAAAAAGGCUAACAUAGCCAUAUUUAAUUUGGCCAUUGGGAUAAUACUUUUGGUUUCAAUGUGCUGCUUUACUGGGUUAGUUGUGUCUGCAUAUUUCUAUGACUGUGAUCCACUCACAACAAAAAAAAUCAGUAAAUCCGACCAGAUCCUCCCUUAUUUUAUUAUGGAAGUUGGAAGUAAAAUACCUGGGCUACCCGGUGUUUUUCUGUCAGGAGUUUUUAGCGCUGCUCUGAGCACGAUGUCAACAGGGUUGAACUCAUUGACAGGUGUAAUAUUGCAAGAUAUCAUUCGCCCUGCUGUUAAAAAGCCAAUUUCUGAAGGAAAAGCUAGCUUUAUUAUGAAAAUAAUUGUAGUCAGUCUUGGCGCAUUUUGUGUAGCAAUGGUGUUUGUGGUGGAACAUCUUGGAACUUUGAUUCAGGCUGGAAAGAGUUUAGCAAGUAUAACAGCAGGUCCACUUUUGGGACUGUUCACAUUAGGAAUGCUGUUUCCCUGGGCCAACUCAAAGGGAGCAAUAGCAGGAGGGAUAUCAGGGCUUACCGUAGUCUCUAUUUUAAGUGUCGCAUCCCAAACUGCAAUAGCUAGAGGACAUAUAGUAUAUGAAAAAAAGCCAAUAUCUAUUGAUGGUUGUUCUGCAGGAGAUGUCGCAGAUUCUGUUCUGAUAGAAUCAUCAAAAUACAUUAGAGAUACACUGUGGGUAUUACAAAUUUCCUACCUUUAUUACACUCUAAUUGGGAUGGUCAUAGCCCUUGUCGUUGGGAUGGUGGUGAGCUACCUGACUGGUUUUAACGAUCCUAAAAAGAUGGACAAAAAUCUGUUUGCGCCAGCUAUACAAAGAUUUAUAAAUUCAAAAUCUUGAUUUUUCACUGUACACUAGCAGUGGUCAGAUCUAAGUAGUAUGUUAAUUUCUCAAAUGUAAUAUGGAUUUUGUAAGAUUUUUCUAAAAAAUAAUUAUUUAGGUAACUUGCAUCACUGUACUUCAACAGAAUUUAAUAUUUCAUAGAGUAUUGAUUUAUUCUGAUUCACAUAUUUAAAUGACAAAUGAAACUACAAAAACUACACUCAGUAUUUGCCAAUUUUUGUGAAUUGAAAGAGUUAUAAAAAGUUAUUUAAUUUAUAGAUAUGAUACUGUAUUUUUAAAUUAAAACAAACUA